AUGGUGGAGUGUGGGGAGAGGGAGAUGUGUGGGGACAGUGAGAUGUGCUGGGACUGGAAGGAGAGUAGGGACAGGGUGGAGUGUGGGGAGAGGGUGAUAUGUGGGGACAGGGUGGAGUGUGGGAAGAGGGUGAUAUGUGGGGACAGGGUGGAGUGUGGGGAGAAGGUGAUAUGUGGGGACAGGGAGAAGUGUGGGAACAGGGAGAAGUGUGGGGACUGGGAGGAGAGUAGGGACAGAGAGAUAUGUGGGGACAGGAAGGAGAGUUGGCACAAGGAGAAGUGUGGGGACAGGGUGGAGUGUAGGGAGAGGGUGAUAUGUGGGGACAGGGAGAUGUGUGGAGACAGGGUGGAGUGUGGGGACAGAAAGAUAUGUGGGGACAGGAAGGAGAGUUGGCACAAGGAGAAGUGUGGGGACAGGGUGGAGUGUAGGGAGAGGGUGAUGUGUGGGGACAGGGAGAUGUGUGGAGACAGGGUGGAGUGGGGGGACAGGGCGACAUCUGGGGACAGGGUGAAAUGUGGGGACAGGGAAGUGUGUGGAGACAGGGUGGAGUGUGGGGACAGGGAGACACCUGGGGACAGGGUGAAAUGUGGAGACAGGGUGGAGUGUGGGGACAGGGAGAUAUGUUGGGACAGGGAGAUGUGUGGGGACAGGGUGGAGUAUGGGGAGAGGGUGAUAUGUGGGGACAGGGUGGAGUGUGGGGAGAGGGUAAUAUGUGGGGACAGGGUGGAGUGUGGGGAGAGGGUGAUAUGUGGGGACAGGGUGGAGUGUGUGGAGAAGGUGAUAUGUGGGGACAGGGAGAUGUGUGGGGACAGUGAGAUGUGUGGGAACUGGGAGGAGAGUAGGGACAGGGAGACAUCUGGGGACAGGGUGGAGUGUGGGGACAGGGUGGAGUGUGGGGAGAGGGUGAUAUGUGGGGACAGGGUGGAGUGUGGGGAGAAGGUGAUAUGUGGGGACAGGGAGAUGUGUGGGGACAGUGAGAUGUGUGGGAACUGGGAGGAGAGUAGGGACAGGGAGACAUCUGGGGACAGGGUGGAGUGUGGGGACAGGGUGGAGUGUGGGGAGAGGGUGAUAUGUGGGGACAGGGUGGAGUGUGGGGAGAAGGUGAUAUGUGGGGACAGGGAGAUGUGUGGGGACAGGGAGAUGUGUGGGAACUGGGAGGAGAGUAGGGACAGGGAGACAUCCGGGGAGAGGUCUGGAGUGUGGGGACAGGGAGGAGUGUGGGGAGAGGGUGGAGAGUGGGGAGAGGGUGGAGUGUGGGGACUGGGAAAAGUGUGGGGACAGGGUGGAGUCUGGGGACAGGUAGAUAUUUGGGGACAGGGUGGAGUGUGGGGGGAGGAUGGAGUGUGGGGACUGGGAAAAGUGGUGGAGUGUGUGGAGAGGAUGGAGUAUGAGGACAGGGUGGAGUGUGGGGACAGGGUGGAGUGUGGGGACAGGGAGAUGUGUGGGGACAGGGUGGAGUGUGGAGACAGGGUUGAGCGUGGGGAGAGGGUGGAGUGUGGGGAGAGGGUGGAGUGUUGGGAGAGGGAGAUGUGUGGGGAGAGGUUGGAGUGUGGGGACAGGGUGGAGCGUGGGGAGAGGGUGGAGUGUUGGGAGAGGGAGAUGUGUGGGGAGAGGUUGGAGUGUGGGGACAGGGUGGAGCGUGGGGAGAGGGUGGAGUGUGGGGAGAGGGUGGAGUGUGGGGACUGGGAGAUGUGUGGGGAGAGGUUGGAGUGUGGGGACAGGGUGGAGCGUGGGGAGAGGGUGGAGUGUGGGGAGAGGGUGGAGUGUUGGGAGAGGGAGAUGUGUUGGGAGAGGUUGGAGUGUGGGGACAGGGUGGAGCGUGGGGAGAGGGUGGAGUGUGGGGAGAGGGUGGAGUGUUGGGAGAGGGAGAUGUGUGGGGAGAGGUUGGAGUGUGGGGACAGGGUGGAGCGUGGGGAGAGGGUGGAGUGUUGGGAGAGGGAGAUGUGUGGGGAGAGGUUGGAGUGUGGGGACAGGGUGGAGCGUGGGGAGAGGGUGGAGUGUGGGGAGAGGGUGGAGUGUGGGGACUGGGAAAAGUGUGGGGACAGGGAGGAGAGUAGGUACAGCUAG